GCCAGCAUCCACUGACCCGUGAAAACUCAUUCAUCACCAAGUGUAGCCUCAUCAAGCUAGCAGUUAGCCUCACGCACUAACCACCGGCACGGCUAUGAACUCAUCGGCCGGUGGCAACGUCAGUCCAAUAGCCGUCAUCUAGUUAUCCAUAUUACCAGCGUUUCUAAAUCGAACCAGACGUUCCUUCCUUUGGGGCUUUCGGGAACUAACGUUAGCGCGUGACGUUUUCGGGAGAUCCGCGGGGGUCACACGAGCGGUGCGCUGUCAACAGUAAUGUCCGAGAAAGCGGCCCCUCGUUUGUUGAUACUACAGCACCGGUAAGGAUAAUACCGGCGUGCUCGGGAAUCGACCGUCAGCAGUCCGGUGUUUUUAGUUGCGUAAGGUGUCUGCUUCGCGGCGCGGUUGUAAAAACAUGGCCGAUCAGGUAGCGCCGAGGGGAUUGACUGCAAUGCAGUUCGACGUUAUAACUUCAGUCGCUAGCUUCGCUUUGCUAACACAGGCUAGCUAGCGGUAACGAAUCGGCCGCCCGCGGUAGUUCACCAGACGCCUGUGAACCAAGUGGAGGACUAUUUAGAGCCCAGCGAAACGGUUUAAAUUCUAGCGUUAGUGGACCGAAGCUAGCGCGUUAGCUGCCCGUGCAGGCGACCCGCUCUCCGCACUGUCAACAGCAUGUGACGUUGGAUGAGCGGCUCUCUCCUCCGUCACAGCCGGUGUUAGUGACCGCGGCGUUUACAGAUCGACUUCAGAGUAAGUCAUGCCUGGGAAACUGAAGGCCAAAAUAGUGGCUGGUCGCCACUUGCCGGUGAUGGACCGAGCCAGUGACCUCACGGAUGCGUUUGUGGAGGUCAAGUUUGGAAACACGACUUUCAAAACAGACGUGUGUCACAAGUCCCUCAACCCACAAUGGAAUUCAGAAUGGUUCAAAUUUGAGGUGGAUGAUGAGGACUUGCAGGACGAGCCAUUGCAGGUCACAGUUUUGGACCAUGACACAUACAGCGCUAACGACGCCAUAGGGAAGGUUUAUAUUGACAUUGACCCGCUGCUGUGCAGUGAGGCGGCCUCUGUCAUCUCCGGCUGGUUUCCCAUCUAUGACACGAUCCAUGGGAUCCGAGGGGAGAUCAAUGUCCUUGUCAAAGUGGAGCUUUUCAACGAUUUGAACCGCUUCAGACAGUCGUCGUGCGGGGUCAAGUUCUUCUGCACCGCAUCCAUUCCACGGUGCUACAGAGCAGUAUUGGUGCACGGGUUUGUGGAGGAACUUGUUGUGAAUGAAGAUCCAGAGUACCAGUGGAUCGACCGCAUAAGAACUCCUCGGGCCUCCAAUGAGGCCCGGCAGAGGCUCAUCUCUCUUAUGUCAGGGGAGCUGCAGAGAAAAAUCGGGCUAAAGGUACUGGAGAUGGGCGGGAACGCAGUGGUGGGCUACUUGCAGUGUUUUGAUCUGGAGGGAGAAUCGGGUCUGGUGGUCAGGGCCAUAGGCACGGCCUGCACGCUGGACAAACUCAGCUCUGGGAGUGCCCCCAACACCAACACACACAUGCACCCGAGCACAGCCCCUGCUUCCAAUGCCUGCAAUUCCCCUUCCAAGGACGGAAAGGAGCCGGUUUUUGGUGAGGACAUGACCUCGACCUCCGGCCCGCCAACCCCUUUCAGAGCCCUUCCCACCACCUCCUCCUCUCUUCCGCCCUUCUCUCCCUCCAAGCCUUGCAGCCGCCAGUCCUCAUCAUCAGACACAGACCUCAGUUUGACGCCCAAGACGGGAAUGGGGAGUGGGGGCAGCGUCGGGAAGGAGGCGGGGCCUCUGAAGACCCUGCUCAGGCAGCAGACGCAGACGGCUCUCGAGCAGAGGGGAGCGACCUCCUCUGGGUUAUUGUUAAACGCCAGGGAGUUCCCCUUCUUCACCUUGACGUCUUUCCCACCUGGUUUUCUGGUUCAUGUCGGCGGGGUGGUCAGUGCUCGCUCGGUCAAACUAUUGGACCGUAUACACAACCCCGCCUUGGGUGGCACACGCUCAUACAAACUGCUAGACUGGAAUAGUGUCACUGCAGAUGAGCCAGAGACUCGCGAUGCCUGGUGGGAGGAGAUCCGCCAGGAGAUCAAAUCUCACGGCAAAGCUCUUGGUUGCCAUGCUGUUGUUGGGUACAGCGAGAGCACUAGCAUCUGUGAGGAGGUGUGUAUCCUGUCAGCAUCCGGCACAGCAGCCAUCCUCAACCCUCGGUACAUGCGUGAAGGCUGCCUAGACAUCGGAAUUACCGACCACAGGUUUGAGGAGCCGUCUCCCCCGAGCUGUGGCUUCUGCCACAUUCCGUAUGAUGAGCUCAACAUGCCCUUUCCUGCCCAGCUCACCUACUGUUACCUCUGCAGGCGACAAAAGGUUCCCGAUGUGCUCUUCACAACCAUCAACCUACCAGCAGAAGCGGCUGUUACGGGGAAGGGCUGCCUUAUCCAGGCCAGACUGUGCCGUCUAAAGAAGAAGGCUCAGGGAGAAGUGAACGCGACAGCCAUCUCCAACCUGCUGCCAUUCAUGGAGUACGAGCUGCACACUCAGCUGAUGAACAAGCUGAAGCUGCGGAGCAUGAACGCUUUGUUCGGGUUGCACAUACAGAUCAGCGUCGGAGAGAACAUGCUUCUGGGUCUGGCUUCUGCUACAGGCGUGUACCUGGCAGCCCUGCCGCCACCAGGGGGUAUCCAGAUUGCAGGGAAGACUCCUGGUGACCUGAGCGCUGAGCACCACAUCCUCACCAUCCAGAAAAGGAUCAAUGACACCAUAGCCAAGAACAAAGAGCUGUAUCAAAUAAACCCACCGAAAUUAUUUGCGCUGGACCCUGAGGUAUUCUGCGACAUAAACAUGGAGCUCACGGAGGAAGUGCUCGGUUCUCCGGUUCCCGACUCGAGGCAGCGAUCCAGACUUUUCCGCUCCCACUCGGAAAGCUCAGACGAAGUGUCAGAGUUGGACCUCUCGCACGGCAAGAAGGACGCCUUCGUCCUCGAGAUUGAUGACACUGAUGCUGUGGAGGACAUCCACUCCCUCCUCACUGAUGCCCCUACGCCCACAGGUUUCUACAGCUGCAACACAGAGAUCAUGCCUGGGAUUUACAACUGGACUUCAGGAGUUCAGAUGUUUACAUCUGUGAGGGUCUUUAGGUUGAGUAACGCCAAUCUUACUAACCAAGGCUUGAACAAGAUCUUCACUGACCUAUGUGAGAAUCUGCUGAAGAGUUUUUACUUCAAGUUGCGCUCUAUGAUCCCCUGCUGUCUGUGUCAGCUCAACUUCACCGUAGCAGUGCCAGAGGAGGAACUCAUACAGGUCACGGUGACAGCCGUUGCCAUGACGUUUGAUAAAGACCAAAAUCAGGAGAUGACUGCAGACAAGCCACCCGCCAAAGGAGGCAACGAGACUGAAGAGCAACUGCAGUUUCCCUUGGAGUUAUGUGCAGACCCAUCGUCCGCCAACUGCCAGCCAGCAUCCAAAGCCUCAGGUGUGCCAGAGUGUUCCAACUUCUCAUCCAUAGCUGCCUCCGUUGAUUACGGUUCCUUUGCAGACAGAUGCAGCACCUGGCUAGAGCUGCUUAGGCUGAAAGCUCACACCAUAAGACGUGGAUCAGUUAAGACAAGUAGGAGGACACGGUCUCUAGCACACUCUGUCUCCUCUUUGGAGCGCUCCAGUCCGCUGCCAGAGGGCCGCUCGCGCUCGCUGCGGUCCAACCGCUCGUUUGGGGGGAUUUCCGUCACCGUGGUGAAGAUGACGCCGCUCUCGUUCCUACCCGGGACACGCAUCAUUAAAUACCUCGGGAUCAUCAACAUGUUUUUCAUCAGAGAGACGACAUCUUUACGAGAGGAAGGGGGUGUCAGUGGCUUCCUCCAUACGUUCAUAGCAGAGGUGUUUUCGAUGGUUCGAGCCCAUGUAGCUGCCUUGGGGGGUAAUGCAGUGGUGUCUUAUAGUAUGAAAGAGUGUAUGUUAAUGGAAAAUCCAAACAAGAACCAGGCUCAGUGUCUCAUUAAUGUGAGUGGUGAUGCCGUCAUUUGUGUCAGGGAAACGGACCAGGAGCCCACUCCCUCAACAGCGAGUAUCUGACAGACCUGCACUAGUGCCACAGACGAGGCUACAUGACAGCGGACCACAGAGACUCACGUUGUCUGCAGGACACACAAUCUGAGCGAACACGCUUUCAGAGUCUAGCCGUCCAAAAAUGAGUCACUUAUGCCUGCCUUAAAUCUCUGUAACCACAGAUUUAGACCCAGGUAAUAAAGAACAAAUACUCACAUACACUCAGAAAUAUGCAGUCUGUAUUAAUAUGGUACUUGCAUGUUUCUUUUGAUUUUAAAGAACAUUUGUGCAGAAGAUACUGAUGUAGCUCCCUUGGGAAUUGGGUAUUCUUGGUAUUUACAAACAGUAGCCAAAGGACCCCUGCAUUUCAAUUUUGUAUAUGUAUUUUGGACACUCAUCCAUAAUGGGGUCACCCAAAGCUACUGUAUAUUGGUCAUUCAUUUGUUUGUGGACAAAAGAGCGGCAGCUAUGACUAUUUUUUUGCAUCUACACCUCACAGGAGGAGUAAUUAAAUGACAAAAGGGAUAUAGAAUGCCAACAGAUUGUUUUAAAGUAGGCACAUAAUGACGAUGGCGAGCAGGGUUAGGGUUCCUCAAAAUAGAAAAUCCAUUUGAAUUGAAACAACCCAGAGAACACUGUGAUACCAAUUCUUUAUAGUUAUAUCUAUUUCUUAAUUAGUGUCCUGUCGUAAUGUCUAAAUUGCAUUUCAUUUUGUUGAUGGAUAAUUAUCUCAAUUACAAUCAAAGUGUUGCUCACAGUCAUUAUCCUACAGGGAUCAAAUGUCAAAUAAUGAUCUCCGCUAUAUUAAUAAUAAUGAAAACAAAAAAUAGCAAGGGUUACAUGCACAUGUAUGUAUUUUUGUAGGAUGAGAAUUUUCCUGAUUCUCCUUAUUCCAGUGAUUUAUUUUAUUCAAACCAUUAGAAUUUUAUAUUGCUUUGUUAUAAAAAUUGCUUAUAUUAUAUAAAGGAUUUAGAGGGAAAACUUAUGGGUGUAGGGAGUCAUAUGUGGUCCUUUUGGGUCUAGCACCAGAAUGGGUUCAAUUAAACCUUCAGCAUUUUGUUCUGCACCUUUUGUCAAGUUGUGUUACUGUUGAUUCAUGCUCUGUAUAACAGUCCUGCUACUAAUCUCUACAUCUUUGAUGUUAUUGUCCAAUGCUGGAAAAAAGAACAGCAUAAUGGUGUAAAAGUGCCAGCUGAAAAUAAACUGUAAAUGUUCUCUAGUCAGAUUUUAGUAUUUUUCUAGGACAAAAUGUAUGAAAACUAUAGCUCAUUUAAACUGUGUAAGAAUUCCAGAUGAUGCGCUGUCAGAAAAAAAAGUGGUACUCUAAUCUGUUAGUCUGAUCAGCCGCGUUUCAUAUAUUGUGUCUAAAACUUGAAUGUACAUACAUAGAUGCAGACCCACUUUUUAUCUUCAUCUGUUCAGUCAUGCACAAUAAACGCAGUCAAACCAAAA